AUGGCGGCUUAUGCAGCUGUGCUUUCUCUAAAGCAUAGCAUAGACCAAAUCCAAACUCAUCCUUCCCCUCCAAUUUCUCUCCACUUUACACAGCUUCAAUUCCUUACCGAAAAACUCAUUUACUUGCAAGAGUUUCUCGAGAAUCAUGCAAUUGAUGUAGAGGGUUUGGAGGGUGGUAUAGCCGACGCUGCUUAUGAAGCAGAGGAUUUAAUCGAAUCCCAUAUUGUCCAUCAAAUUCAAGCUGCAAAUGCCACUAAUGAGGGCAAAUUCAUCACUUUCAUUAGAUUCUUUCGAGGCUUAUGCAAAACCCCGACCCCGAGUCAUGAAGAAAAUUUAUUAAGUCCCAUUGAAUUGUAUCAUGGUCUAGAAAAAGUGAUGCAAGACUUGGAUUUGAUCAAGGGAGACCUUGUGGAGAUUAUGAAGCAGAAAAGAACGCAGGUGGAAAGAAAUUAUUCUACGCCAGCUGGCCGGCCGAGAUCUCCUCCCCGAACGCAAGCUGCCAUGGUGGGUCUCGAUGAUAUCUUGCUUGAAGCCUUGGAUAAGCUGACUGGACAACAAUCGAGUCGCCAGAUCAUCCCCAUUGUUGGCAUGGGUGGAAUUGGUAAGACCACUCUUGCUAAGAAUAUAUAU